UGUUGCUUGUGCUCUCAUUCUGAUGCUAACCACAGAUAAUCCGCAGAGACGUGGAAGGUAUCCAAAAGUGAUGUGCAGAGUUUCGGAGAAACAGGAAAAAUGCUUUUUUUUCUUCUAUUUUUGUUUGCUUGCCACAAUUCUUUUUUUCAGAUCCUCAAAUGAGACAUAACAACAAAGGAAAAAACAGAAAAAAUGCUGUUGCAGUCACAGACAAAAUGCAGGAAUAUCCUCAGUUAAAGACAACAUGUCCCAAUAGCGCUAUGAAGUCCUGGAAAACUGCAAAUACAUUACACUCUGAAGGCAUCUUAUCAGCUUUAAUUGAACUUUCUGGUAUAUUAGUGCACCCAAAUACCACAGGGAUGUCUACUCUACAACAGAAAACGAGUCCUAUGUGGCGAAGCAAACAUGAAAAUCUAAGGGGACUGCCAUCAUCUGUCAUACCAGGGCUUGUACUGGUUAAGAGAAAGCUGAACUGGAUGUUAAUGGGGGAAGGAUACAGCGCCCACCUGACGAUAGAAGAGCAAAGGAGGACCCUGAGGCAAGCAUUCCGCAUGUGGAGUGAAGUGACCCCUCUGAUCUUCAGGGAAGUGUCACCCACAUCUCCACUCAGUGCUGACAUCACCCUGGGUUUUGGAACAGGUCGACAUUUUGGAUGCCCUCAAGCAUUUGAGAGUGAAGGAAAUGAACUGGCACAUUCUACAAGUUAUGGAGAAAUCCAUUUUAAUGACGAUCAACAUUUCACAGCCAGCGGGCAGCAUGGUAUUAGUCUGCUGAAGGUGGCAGUGCACGAGAUUGGACAUGUCCUGGGGUUACCUCACAGUACCCGGGCCGAUUCAGUGAUGUCUCCAUCAUACAAUACAGAGGAAAGCAGCCUGGAAUUGGGAAUCGGUGACAGAAGGGAUAUCCAGCGGCUUUAUGGUGUUUGUGAAGGUCCCUUUGAUGCUGUCUUUGAUUGGCUAUGGACAAAGCGGAGUUCUAAGGGGACACAGACUUUGAGGUUUAACACCUUCUUUCUCAGAGGACGAUGGUCUUGGUUGUAUGAAAACAAAAACAGAACGCGUCCCCGAGAGCCGAGACUGAUUUCUAGUGAAUGGGGGAUCCCGCUGCGAACCAAGCUGGACACAGUACUGCACAUCUGGGGUUCAACCAAGCAAGUAACCUAUUUUUUUGCAGGAGCUCGUGUCUGGAUCCAUAAUUCUGAGGAAUCUAAGGAUCCCUAUGGCCCGAAAUCCACUCAGCUUAUCCAGGAGAGGUUUCCUGGUAUCACUGGACCUAUAGAUGCAGCAUACUUCAGUUACACCCAGAAAACCAUAUACUUCUUUACUGGAUCGAUGGUCACCGUCUUCGAUAUCAAGACCCAUCGGCCCUUAGGAGGAUACCCGCAGAGGAUUACAGACAUGUUCCCUUCAGUGACCCCUUCGGAUCAUCCAAUCGGUAACCUGGAUGCAGUGUAUUACUCCUUUACACACCAGGCCUUGUUCUUUUUUAAGGGCGUCUAUUUCUGGAAGGUGGUGGGAUCCAAGGAGAGAUCUCAGAAUGCCAGCUUGCCUAUCAAUGGUGUGCUACCCAGAAGAAGAGUCUCUGAGCAAUGGUUUGAUAUCUGUGAUAUUACAUCAGCUUGAAUACUAAUAGAUAUAUAUAUUUUUAUACCUGGACAUUAUAUUGGCUUAUUUAGUAUGUGUCAAUCUGUUUCUCUGUCAGCCCCCUAACA